UUACCAAGAUCUGAAAUUAGUUGUACCGGGUAUCUCGUCUAGUCGUGUGAUAUGGCAGAAGAUGGGAAGUUCCGAAUUGAGAAGUUCGAUGGUACAGAUUUCAGUUGGUGGAAGAUGCAAAUUGAAGAUUUGCUGGUUCAGAAAGAUUUGGACGUGGUUUUGGGUGACAAGCCAGAAAAAAUGUCGGAUGCAGAUUGGGCAAGUUUGGAUCGGAAAGCUAUGUCCGUGAUUCGUCUCUCGUUGACCAAGAAUGUUGCGUUCAACAUUCUGAAGGAGAAGACAACGAAGGGAAUUAUGGAAGCGCUGUCUAAUAUGUACGAGAAGCCAUCUGCAGCUAACAAAAAUUUUUUGAUUAGAGAGCUGGUGAAUACAAGGAUGAGAGAAGGCACUUUAGUUACCGAGCAUAUCAACAAGUUGAAUUUGAUCUUAGCCAGACUUGCGUCAGUGGGCAUCAAAUUCGAUGAUGAAGUUCAAGCUUUGCUACUGCUAUCGUCUUUGCCUGAUAGUUGGUCCGGAACGGUUACAGCGGUUACCGGUUCAGUGGGACCUGAUGGAUUCACCUUUGAUCAGAUUCGAGAUCUCAUUCUUGGCGAGGAUGUCAGAAGAAAGAGUUCAGGAGAGUCAUCUGGUGAAUUACUUCAUGUUGGUAGAGGCAGAAGAAAUAGCAGGGGUAGUGGGAGCAAGAACAGACAAAGGAGUCAGUCGAAGACUCGUGACAGCUCAGGUGUAACGUGCUGGAAAUGCAAGGAGGUAGGGCAUUUUAGGAAUCAAUGUCCGAAUGAUAAGAAAGUAAACAUUGCUCAAGGCUCUGCGAGUGACGAGGAGGUCGCUCUGACUUGUUGUGAGGAAAGCAAUGUGGAUUCCUGGGUCAUGGAUUCUAGUGCUUCAUUUCAUGCUACCCACAGCGGUGUAGCAUUGCAGAAUCUAGUUUUUGGAGACUUUGGAAAGGUACGACUAGUAGACGACAGAGCUCUUGAGGUGACGGGCAUGGGUGACAUGGUGUUGAAGACCCCAGUCGGUUUCUGGACUUUGAAGGAUGUCAAAGUUGUUCCAGCCUUGAAGAAGAGUUUGAUUUCUGUUAGGCAGUUAGACGAACAGGGACACGAGGUGAAGUUCAGAGAUGGGCAGUGGAAGGUUGUGAAGGGAAAUCUUGUCAUGGCCCGUGGAAGGAAGAGAGGUUCGUUGUAUAUGGUCGAGUUACCAUCUGAGGGAGUGACCGCCCCAGUUCAGAAGAAAAACGAAGUCCAGUUCACAGAGUCUCGUGGACAGAAUAAGGUUGUCUAUGCAAGAGAGAAACCUAGAGCCACAGGUCAGACUCAGGAUGAACGAGCGUGGAAAGGUUUAAGGGGGUCAGUCAGAGGUGUUUAUGGCAGUGGGAGCUCAAGAGGCGCUUCAGCCAAGUUGCCUAGAAGACAGUGGGUCAGGAGAACCAGUAUUCCAGCUGUUGGAACAUCUCCAGAAAAUUUCUUGCUGAGUAUGGAGAGUGUUUGUUCUCAGGAUGUUCCAGGAUCCGGCAGUCGUCUGCAGUGGGAGCCGGUAGGGACCGAGGACGAGUCAGGGGCAGAUUUUUCCGUGACUGAUGUGUUGGAGCUUGGGAGAGCUUCAACGGGCCUUUCAGUUAUCUGAUGUUAGGGCCGCUGCAAUAGGAGAGCUGAGGAAGAUUACUCGAUGUACAGGGAAUCGUGGUGGAUGGCAGUUGAUGACUAUCAAGCCUCCGAGUGGGAGAAUGUUGGGUUUGUGGAGGCUUGGGCUUGACUUUUGGUCCGGCCCAUUUUACGAAACCCU